CCCUCGCUGGGCUCGUCCCGCUUCCCCCAGCCCGCGCCGGGGACAGGGGCCCGCGGAGCGCGGGGGCCAAGGUGGGUGCCGCAGUCCCGCCGCGGGCUGGGGGGUCCCCGAGGAGCGGGAUGCUUGCGGGGCUGGUGAGUCCCGGGGCCCCCUCCCGGCCCUGGGCUCUGCCCCCGCGGGGACUGACUGACUGGGGGCUCGAGGUCCCAGGCUGGUGCUGUGCGUUGUUGGGGACGGCGGCGCCCCGCAGCCCUGGACUCGCCCUUGGGAUCGCCACAGCCCCGUGCCAGCCUGCGCUCCCCCCGCGCCCAGUAUUAUUCCCAGCAUCGUGACUUUUUCAUCAUGUCAGAACCUAUAACUCUCAAUGUUGGAGGAAAACUGUACACCACUUCCCUGUCUACCCUGACUAGUUUUCCAGACUCCAUGCUGGGUGCCAUGUUCAGUGGAAAGAUGCCAACCAAGAGGGAUAGCCAAGGCAACUGCUUCAUUGACAGAGAUGGCAAAGUGUUCCGCUACAUCCUGAACUUCUUGAGAACUUCCCACCUGGACCUCCCUGAAGACUUCCAGGAAAUGGGCUUGCUACGACGGGAGGCAGAUUUUUAUCAGGUCCAGCCACUGAUUGAAGCGUUGCAAGAGAAGGAGGUGGAGCUCUCCAAAGCUGAGAAGAACGCCAUGCUCAACAUCACCUUGGAUCAGAGGACACAGACAGUUCAUUUCACUGUUCGGGAAGCGCCCCAGAUCUACAGCCUGUCUUCCUCCAACAUGGAAGUAUUUAGCGCCCACAUAUUCAGCACGUCAUCUCUGUUCUUGAAGCUGCUGGGUUCCAGACUUUACUAUUGCUUCAAUGGCAACCUGUCUUCAAUAUCCAGCUACCUGCAGGACCCCAAUCACUUGACCUUGGAUUGGGUCGCGACUGUGGAAGGCCUGCCAGAAGAGGAGUACACUAGACAGAACUUAAAGAGACUUUGGGUGGUACCAGCUAAUAAGCAAAUUAAUAGCUUCCAGGUAUUUGUAGAAGAGGUGCUAAAAAUAGCCAUGAGUGAUGGAUUUUGUGUGGAUUCCUCCCACCCGCAUGCCUCUGAUUUCAUGAAUAAUAAGAUUAUUCGACUAAUUCGGUACAAGUAGAAAUAGCCUGUUAUUAUGAUAUCAGGAUAGACGUAACCAAACACAGUGUUUCAUUUUAAGACCCGCUUCAAGACACUGUAACAAACAGCCUAAUAUAAAAUCAUGUGAUAAUGUGUACUAAGACUCACUAACUGUGAGCUGAUUUUCCUAUACUGAAUUUACCAGUGACCUUUCAGAAUAUGUCUAUAGUCUAGAUGGAUGGAAUGCUGUCU